CCGCUCUUCCGUUCCGCCUGACGUUCGUUCCAUGGAUCCACGAGACAGUCGCGAACCGAGUCAUGAGCGCCGAUAAUUCACGUCCAGAUGUUCUGCUGCCGUUACGAAACCUCUGUAACUCCGUGAAAUGCAGCAGGGAUCGAGUGAGAGAUGGAGAGUCGAAUGAAUGCAGCGGCACAUUCAGUUUGUCAAACUUCUGGGAGAUUCUGAGUGAAGCUGUUAAAUCAGCAUCUCAGGAAGCGACAAAACUCAGUGUGAUGUUCUCGCAGCCGCCGCUGCCGUCAGAGGAGGGCUGUGCGAAAAUGGCCGAAUCUGUUCAGAAGAGCGUGCUGACGUUGUCUACAGUUUACUUUUGGUUACCAAAGAGCCAAGGAGUUGCGCUGAGGAAGGUGGUCAGAGACGCAACGACGGAGGUGCUGGAUGGACUCGUUCAGCUGCUGGAGGUCAUUCUCGCCUCUCCUGGAGAAAGCCUCUCGCAGGAGCAGCUGAUGUCCACUGGAGGCGUCUGGGCCGCGUGUGACCAGUUUAAUCAGCUGCCGAAAGAUAACCGCAGUGCCGUGUUGAGUGUCUUGACGUCAUAUGUUGGUUUGGUGAAAGAUGCCUUGGAGGAGAUGGAGCAGGCUCUGGCUGAGGCUCAGGAUCCGUUCGGGGACGUUUUGGAUGAUGAUGAUGAUGAAGGAGACGGCCGUGGUAAUCAGGACACGUACUGGUCAGAGUCGGACCGGCAGCUGAUCUCUCAGUGUCAGGGUCUGAUGAAGGCGUCUGGAGCGAGUCUGCGCAAACUCUCCUCCGCCGUCAGAAACAACGGCAAACUGGAUACGGACGAGAACAUCGCGCAGCUGGACGACCUCGCAGACGCAGCUAAAGAAAUCAGUCCAAGCGUUGACGACCUCGCCCUCAGUCUCUACCCCCCCGUGGACCGGUCGGCCGCCGAGAUGAACGUGUGUAAACUGGCGUGUGUGCUGAAGAAAGUGCUGGAGAUCACCAGGUCCAGUCAUGUCUGUGCGGAGGCUGAUGUUUCCUGGGUGGAGUUUCUGAGCGGCGCCGUCGAACACAACCUGGAGAAGAUCGGAUCGCUGCUGCGCGACUCGUAGCGGCGCGUCACGCAGGGUUUGCUCGGAUAAACCCGGUUCCGGUGCUUUUAUUGUUCUUGUAGAAGAACGUCACGCUGAUGGAUUUCACACAGCAGAAAAAGUGUUUUAUACGGAGCUUUGUCCGACUUCCCCAGAUUUCACAAACCUAUGAUUUGCUCCAUCUCUCUGAAUGAUGCUGUAAUUCAGACGCUUGACCUUUGAUAUAGUGACUUUAUUUUUGCAUAUUUAGUGACAUUUUUACAAUAUUCAUAUCAGCUGUUCAUGCUCAUGAUUCAUGAUAACCGCUCUUUCUGUAAUUGCUGAAAACCUCCUAUCUUAAAUCAACAACUUUGGCUUUACAUGUUUAUUUAUUCAGAUUGAACACAGUUUAGCUGUGUAGAUUAUAAUUAUAAAUAAUCUCUGCAUUGUUCAUGGCUGUUGUUUGUGCAAAUAAAAGCUGAAGUCAUGUAAUGGUCAGUUCUCUCUGCUGGUUCUUCUAGCGUUUCUAUCUGCUGAAGCUGAGGAAUCCCAGGCGUGAGGUGAAGGGUCGCACGUUGAUGUCCACACUAGAUUUAAUGUCUCUGAAGGUGCAGCUGUCAAAGUUGGCCACCAGCUUCCUUGGUCCCAUUUUGUAGGGCUUGAACGUCACCUUCAGCGUGAUCCUCUGUCCCGGGCCGAGCUCCACGGUGCUGACGAACACAAACGAUUCAUUUGUUAAACGUUCACUCAUCUGAUGUCACUCCUGUAUAUUCUGCUGACCACACACGCUUUGAUUUAUUCUCUAAAUCAGGGGAUUGUGAGUUUGAUGGAAGGUGAAUAAAAUGUCAGAUCAUUUUAUGAAGUUAGAAAAAAGUAACAUUUCAAUUAUUUUAUUUAAUCAAAACCAUCAAAACGGAUGAACUGAUAAUUAAAAAUGUAAGAUUAAAAUUAAUAAUCUUAAAACUUUUUUAUAAAAAUGUAUUAAAUCACAAUUUAUUUAACAAAUAAUUUCUAAAUAAAACACCAAAAAAUGAAUUAAAGUAUGAAAUAUCAAAUAAAAAAAACUUUAGAAAAUAGUACAAAUGUAGUAAAUAACCUUAAAUCGUAAAAAUGGAACAUUAAAAUUAAAAAGAUGAGUUUGAAUGAGUGAGUUUGGAUUAGAAAUUGUAGAUAAAAAGGAAGCUUCAUUGAGUCUUAAAUAAAUCUUUAGAAGCUUGCUUAAAAUGUAAAAAACCAAAUCUUAUUCAAUCAAGUAAACGACUUUAAAAAAAUUAAAAUAAUGCACUAAAAUGAAAUUAAAUAAUAUGAAUAAAAUGAGACUGGUGGUUGUGCAAUAGGAUAAAACGCUGAGCGCGAGUUUAUUGUGUGAAGCAUUGGAUGUCACUCACUUGGAUUGCUCUGUUUGUUUGAGCAGGCCGCUGCCGGUGAGCGUCAUGGAGCAGUUCUUGAGCGGUGUGGUCAGAGGAUUCUCAAACACCACCUCAGCCGUCAUCUCACUGUCCUGCAGAGGAG